GAGGAACUAAACAGCGAGGGCUUCAUCAACAGAGGUGUGAGUCUCCCUACAGGAGAAGGCAGACUAGCGGAUAGCCGGACAAGGGAUGUACUACGGAAUACUCUCUGGCUGAUAAAUAGUCGACGUUGUUUACUGAAUAUAUAUAAUCGUCUGGAGAUAGAGAUGUUUAAGUAAAACUGGCUUCGAAUGUGUUGUCGGAAUUGGAACUUUCAUAAAUUUUUCGCUGCCACGGGAACUGCUUGGACAUUUUAGCUGUAACCGUGCCUCGUUUGCGUCACGGUUUGGAGUUCCCUCCCUGGCUGGACAUUUUGCGUUUUGUUUAGGUUUUCGCAACAGAAAGAUAACUCCAUCCAGACCACAUUUGGCUGGUAGGUUUAUUCCCGUUCUCAGAUGCGUUAUUUGGGUAGCGAUUGAUCCUGGGGUGUGCGCUUCGCGAUGGCCGCAUCGGGCGGACAGAAGAGCGAGAAGUUGGACGAGGCACAGGCGUUGGCCCGGAGCUGCGCCGGGAGACCGGACUUUCUACCGUGCGAUGGACUGUCCAUUUGCGCGACACACAGCCACGGGAAAUGCUUCAAGCUCCACUGGUGCUGCCACUUGGGAUGGUGUCACUGUAAAUAUGUGUACCAGCCGAUGACCAAUGUGUGCCAUCUUCCCAGCACCCCAGUGCCUGCUGCAGUCACAGACCACGCCCACACUAUGGACCUCACUGUCCUAUUGGCCGAAAGCUUCCUCAGGACUGCCCCUGCCUUCCAAGCCCCGCCUUGCCCGGAGUCUCCCAAGUUCUGCGUGAUCUCAGACCUCUUUGUGGAUGACUACAUGGUGAAGCGCAUCAACGGGAAGAUGUGCUACGUCCAGAGGCCCCAGCCACCAACCAUGCCCAGCCCGCCGCAGUCCCAUCCCCCCCGGCUCCGCAACCCAGCAGCCCAGCCCAAACCCCAACUGACCCCCGGACUGCAGACACAGGGCAGACCACGCCCCCAGGGCCACAAGCCCAGCCCCCUGGCAGACAAGGUCACCGCCCCCAAAAUGGAUCACUGCUCCUCGCCGUCAAGCUCAGAGGAUUCUGGGAUAAAUGCCCUUGGCAGCCAUUACAUGGAAUCAUGUGACGAGGGUUCAGAGGACGAGGAGGACGACGAGGAGGAUGAGGAGGAAGAGGAUUUGAGCAGUGACGGUGGAGACUCUAGUCCAGGAAGUAUGUGGGACCAGGAUGAGUGCUCCUUGCUGUCCCCGUCCAAGUCCACGGUGGAGAUCAUCGAGAAGAUUGAGACAACGGUCUAAGACCACUGGCCCGGUCGCAGAGACAUCUGGUUUAGCGUCUCUCACACACAGACUGCCAACGCUCCCCUAGCAACAGUUCAGUAGUCAUACAAUCCAGAAUAGUGACCUGUCACCUAUGACGUUUGACCUUUAACCCUGGAACCCCAGCAUGGUGUGAAUACUGCCUAUUCCGCCCUGCUUCGACCCUCGCGGUCUCACUCCAACUCGAUACAGAACGUCCGUCGACGGCAGAGAACCCAGUCAAGAACAAGAGCACAAGUGGUGUUAUCUGAACAGCCCAAUCUAAUGGCCAACCAAACAGACGCGGAACCAGAACAACACGUGUGACUAAAUGGAUUGCAGGGCUGGUAUGUUUUACAAAGACAACAAAGUGGCAACCUGUAGACCUCCGGUUAUCUGUGUAGAACACUACUUAUGACCAGUGACCAGCGGGGAUCAGUCAAAGGGAGUGAACUAUGGAGGGGAUAGGGAGGCAUUUGAGACCCACGCACAUCUUACAUCACCUCUGCACUAACAAGCAUCUUCACUAGCAUAAAGCACAAACAAGGAGAUGAGAGGACGGUCAAGAGAGAAAAACAAUGCCAAGAUGAAUGCUUGACAUCGAAGGCACGUCUGAAUUAUUACGCAACGUUGAGUUCGCGGACGACUGGCUGCGGCGGGAACGAGGAAAAAAAGAGUGAGAUCGUACAGACUGGACGUCGUACCUGGCCAAGGCUUUCUGACAAUCAUCCGACUGGAAUCGACCACCUGAGACCCUGCUGACAGAAGAUCAUUCACAUGUAGCAUUCAAGGCUGAGUAGAGGGAGCACUGGGCUCGGCCAGAUCCUUGUAUUUUGAUAAUGUUAAAUAUUGUUCUAAUUCUAGAUAUCAAAUAGCACUAUAUAAACAUGGUAUUUCCCACGUAAUGUUAAUGGCUUAGAUGGCUGCCAUAGAAUGUUGUAGUGUCAUGUAAAUGUACCAUGAGAGAUGGAAGCGGACCAGUAAUUUAAGGGACAAUCAAUGAGGAGCUAUGGGUUCACAGAUCACUUUCAGGGGUCCUGUUUAACACAAGGCCAGGGUUGUUUCCAGUGCGUGACUUGGGCUAAAAUAAGUGCAGGAACUGCCAAAUCGCACUUUAAACUAUGUUCAUCUACAUGUAUUUGUUCAUAAGGCUUAUUCCAAUAAGGCUUGGUCUUUUGCCUAAAAAAGGAACCGUAACGCUGUUUGCCUGAAUUUAGAACACUGUUCCGGCCCAAGUCAAGCACUGCUUGUGGGUUUGAUUCCCAUGGGGGGAAAUGAGGGAGAAAAAGAAUGAAAAUGUAGUCAUUGGCUGUGUGGAUAAAUGUGUCUGCUAAAUUACUGAAAUAUAAUUUAUUUUACAGAGAAUGUAUACAGCCCUUUGUUGAAGAUGUCUUUCAUACCUUAACAAGAAUUAAAAUUGUCCGCAACUAGAAAUGUUCUCAUUUGCCAAUAAACUUGACAGCAAAGCCUGAGGCAGCUAUCAAAUUUACUAGCCGGCAUAGAAGAGUUGCUGCUAACGAAACAGUUUUAAUCAAAAGUUUCAUCCUAGCUUGUUAAUAUGACACUCAAAUUCAACAAUGCAAAUGUUUUCAGUUGGUCUAUUGCUCGACGGCAGUUUAAAGAAUGACAUAGUCUUAGAAUUCUUCUGUGUGGACAUCCUGUGUGUUGUAAGACAAUAAUUCACACUCUAGAAUUCCCUUCCAGCCAACCAGAAAUUAGUAUUCAACAAUGCCGUCGUAUGAAUAGGGAUUUCUGGAUCCAUUGCUAUGUAGAGGUUCACGCUGGCAAAUGAAUACAUUUCUACUGGGUAAUACGUUAAAUUACGGUCAUGGGAUGAAAGACAUGACCAACAUACCAGUGUGCAUUCUCUGGAAAAUAAUAGCAACUCUGCAGACUCCACUAAAUAAAACACCUUCCACGUUCAAUAUUUUCCUGAGUUUGCACGGCCCUCUGUUGAUUAUCACGUAUAUCAACACACGGCACGGUGUGUGUGUUUUGCUGAGCUGGUUAGGAAGAGGAGAUGACUGGACAUCUAACCAAUGAUUCUCUUUAUUUCCCCAUCGUUCUGUGUACGUAGUGCACAAAGCCGUCAUGUUCCUGUUGGCCUCCAAAUGAUAGACCCAAUCACACGUCACUGGUCUUGAACAAAGCACACAUUUCUGUUCUGUAAGCACAGAAGCUGUAGACACAGGCACAAGUGUUUUGGGUGGUUUGUAUUACUCUGACCGAAACUGAAGCUUAACAUCAGUGACUGGAGAAACAACACCCUGUACACACACCAAUGAUUAUAACAUAUUAUUAAUAUUAUUAUUAAAGGUAAAAAAAAAACAAGAAAAAGCUAUAUACAUUAUUGUUGUUAUUC